AUGGGCACUGAGACCCAGGAUGCCAACCCUCCCGGUGGACUCACCAGGAGACAGGUCCAAGGCUUCAUGCGAGUGGAACCCAUCACACUUGGGUUCAUUCAGAUCCUGGUUGGAGUGUUAUUCAUGUUCCUGGGUACCUCUCUGCUGACCCCUUACGACCUCGAUCCACCACUCUUCAUCUCCUACAGUACCUUCAUCUUCAUCGUUGGAGUUACGCCUCUCUUUUCAGGGGCGAUCCUUAUCCACGCGGGCAGGCGGCCCUCCCUCUGCAUUAUCAGAGCGACGCUGGUUUUCCACUUCGUGAGCCUGGCCUUCAGCACGGCGAUCGUAGCCCUUCUAUCAGACCACCUGCCCUACCGGCAGAACAUGCACCACUGCGAUCACUGUAUGCAGCAAGAUCUGGAAGUGGCACAACAACACUGUUUCAAAAAAUGCACGUACACAGUGGAACAGAACUGUAAGUACCUGAUAGACGGGGUUGUCAUCACGCUGGUGGUGUUUGAGGUCUUGGAGCUGCUGAUCUGCAUCGUGGCCAUCCUCUUUGGUCUUCAGGUGCUCACCCGAGGCAGAGCCCAGGCCUCCUUGCCAAUUUUACCAACUAAGACAGAUCAAGAACGAACCGCCGAUGAUCGACUUUCUGAGGAGGUGGUGGAGGCUGCUGAUGCUGCUGCUGAUACCGCUGAUGAGGAUGCUUCAGAGAUGCUCCCUGCGCUGCCUUACGUGGACCCCCCUCCUCCAUCCAAGUCCUGACUGUGACGUGUUUUAACACUAGAAAAGGCACAAGGAUGUUCGGUUCAAAGUUAACAGAUUUUUGUUGGGGUUGCUUUUUUUUAUGUUGUUUUGUGUUGAAAAAUCCACUGUGUGCCUACAUAUUGUAUGCAUAAUACGGUCUAUCAGUCAAUUAAUGGCAUAUGGUUCAGCUACGUGUGUAUAUGACAAUAUUUUUAUUUAUUUAUUUAUUUAUUUAGCCCUAUUUAUUUCUUUAAUUUUUAAAAAUUCACUUCAUCUAGCAUGUCUGAGAACCUGCUGCUAUCUGGGUUUCCAGACAGAUGCUGAUAUGUGUUACACUGAUAUGAAUGAAAUCUAUCCCACUUGCAAGAUCAAUGUCAAUGCAGCUUUUUUUUUGCAGCAAACUGAUCAUCCAAUACACAUUUCAAAUGUGCA